AUGUCGUCCCUCAAUACGUCCAUCAACGGACCCUCCAUCAAGAGCAGCUACGCUGGCGUCGUCAAUGGCCCAGCGUUGUCCUCUAGCUCGCCUACAUACGCCCAAUGGGCACUCUUCACCGUCCAAGCACCUCUUGCGAAUGCUUUCCAAGACAACGGAAACAAGGAGAGCGUGCUCAAAGUUCAGGACACUGGCGAUGGUGAGCUCAGCGAAUUGAACGAGGACUUCAGCGAGGGCCGCAUGCAGUAUGCGUUUGUGAAGGUCAAGGACUCCAACUCUGGUCUUCCCAAAUACAUCCUCAUCGCCUGGUGCGGUGGAGGUGUUCCCGAGCGCACCAAAGGCUACUUCACCAGCCACACGGCUGCUGUCUCCAAGAUCCUCCACGGAUACCACGUACAGAUCACUGCUCGCUCGGACGGUGACCUCGAGCCCGAGUCAAUUAUGCGGAAAGUGGCGGAUGCAUCGGGGGCCAAGUACUCAGCCGGCUCCACCAGUGGAGGAGCUUCUGCGCCCGAGCCGCCCCCCGUCAAGACCAAGCCCGUCUUCACCCCGACGACGUCAAGUGCUGCUCGCAACCCUCUCGUGACGGCCCGUUCAAGACGCGACAACAACGUUGACGACGAUGGUUGGGGCGCCGAUGCGCCACCAGUCACCCGCAGCCAGGUCGAGAAGGUCGAGUCUGCCUACAAGCCCACAAAGGUGAACAUGGCUGAGCUCACCAGCAACAAGGACGAGUCGACUCGCUCCAAUCCCUCUGCGCGCCAGGAUGCGGGUGAUGUUGUCAGGGGCGCAUAUCAGCCUGUUGGCAAAAUCGACAUUGCCGCUAUUCGGGCACAGGCUAAGGAGCAGCCAGACGACAGACCCGCGCCUGUCAAGGGAUCGUACGAGCCUGUCGGGAAAGUUGACAUUGCUGCUAUUAGGGCUAAGGCGCAGCCAAGGCCUCAGGAACCCCAACGUGAAGAGACGCAAGAACAGGAUGAGCCUGAGCAGCCGCGCCCAGUUGCCGAUCGCGCGUCGGCCUUCUCCCAGCCUGCGACGUCAGAGCGAUUGACCUCGCUCCCGAAGCCCAAGGUCGCAAACAAAUUUGGAGGAGCAUCAAGCUUCACUGGCACAAAGCCCCCUGCGCCUGGUGGCCUAGGAUUCGGCGGCCCCGCAGCUCCCGCCCCUCCCCCGGUUGGCGCUGCAAGCCGCACGUUUGCCGAUCAGGGCGGCAAGACGCCAGCCCAACUCUGGGCCGAGAAGAAGGCCAAGGAGCGUGGGAGCGACGUUGGCAGCGUGGCGGCGUCGUCGAACCCAGCAGCGGUCGCAUCGCAAAACAGCGGAGGCAAUGAGUGGAAGAGCGGAUACAGCGGUAAGAGCUGGGCUCCCGUCCAGACUUCUGGAAGCUUUGGUCGCCCCGAGGCCGGGGCCAUCAGCGCCGAUAACACGGGGGAGCCCGAGGCUAGGGAGAUUGAGGAGCAACCCACUGCAUCCUCUGGCGGCGUUUCCGCCCUCAAGGAUCGAUUUAAGGAUGCGGCGCCCAUGGGUGUCGGUGCGGCGCCUUCAAUCCCUCGUCGCGAGACAGAGCCUGAACCGGAGCCGGAGAGCGAGCCAACCCCCCCUCCUGUGCCGGACACCUCGAGACCUUCUGGAGGGUUCGCCCUACCUGGGCUGCCAGCACGUCCGUCUCACGCUGAAGAGGAAGAAAGAGAGGCCGAUGACGCCGACUACCGCGAGGAGCCGCGCGAUGCCUCACCCCCGCGUGUGGCGAUUCCCGUCAGCCGGGGUCCUCAGACAUUGGAUGAGCCCGAAGACGCACGAUCACCUCCUCCUGUCGCCCCCAGCCAGAUUGAAGUCCCCAAGGAGAAGGAUCUGUCCGAUGAGAGGGAACAGGAAGAGCAGUCGCGCGGUGCGGCCGAGGCAGUUGCGCAGCAGAACUUUGAGCGUGAUGAGAUUGACACCGCGCAGGCCGACCAGGGCGGUCACCGGGCCGUUGUUCAAUACGACUACGAGAAAGCUGAGGACAACGAGAUUGAGCUGAUCGAGGGUGAAUAUGUCACGGAUAUCGACAUGAUCGAUGAGGGUUGGUGGAUGGGCACCAACGCAAAAGGGCAGCGUGGUCUGUUCCCCUGCAACUACGUCGAUCUGGUCAAGGAAGGGGAUGCCCCCCCACCUCCCGCUCCGGCGCCUGUCGCUCGUGAGCCCUCGCCUCCGCGGCCGGCUGCGGCAGCGAACCCGGUGCCACCACCACCUGCCCCUGCUGCUGCCGCCCGGCCCAGUGCUGGGCCUACCGCCACGGCGAUUUACGACUACGAGGCAGGAGAAGACAAUGAAAUCAGCUUCCCUGAAGACGCGAAGAUCACCAACAUUGAGUUCCCCGACGAGGACUGGUGGGCUGGUGAGUACAAAGGCAAGAAGGGGCUGUUCCCCGCGAAUUAUGUGGAGCUCGACAAGUAA